GGCGCGGCGCGCCUUUAGCCCCGCCCAGGGGCGGGCACGGAGCCCUGCGGGGACCGUGGUGCCGGUGCCCCGGCGCUCGGCGCGGCCCCGCUCCCUGCCCGCCCGCCCGGCCCGGCUCCCUCAUGCCGCCCACCGUGGCCGUCGUGGGGGGCGGCAUCAGCGGCCUGGCCGCCUGCUACCACCUGGCCCGCGCCCCCCGCCCGCCCAAGGUGCUGCUGCUGGAGGCCAGCGCCCGGCUGGGGGGGUGGCUGCAGAGCACCCGCACGGCCGAGGGGGCCGUGUUCGAGCACGGGCCCAGGGGCAUCCGCCCCGGCGGGGCCGUGGGCACCGACACCCUCCACAUGGUCACCGAGCUCGGCCUGGAGAGUGAUGUCCUGCCCGUCCCCGGGGACCACCCGGCCUCCAGGAACCGCUUCCUCUACACCGGUGGGGCCCUGCACAAGCUGCCCUCGGGCCUGGGGGGCCUGCUGCGGCCGGUACCCCCCUUCUCUCGCGCGCUGCUCUGGAGCGGGGUGCAGGACCUGCUGGCGCCGGCUGGGAUGGAGCCCGACGAGAGCGUGCACGCCUUCGUUCGUCGCCGCUUUGGCCAGGAGGUGGCCGACAUCGCCGUGGACAGCCUGUGCCGGGGGGUGUUUGCCGGAGACUGCCGGGCGCUGAGUGUCCGCUCCUGCUUCCCCGCGCUCUUCGAGGCCGAGCGGCGCCGGCGAUCCGUUCUGCUGGGGCUGGCGCUGGGCUCCAGGAAGGAGCGCGGGGCCGAGUCAGGGCUGAGCUGGCGGGCGCGGGCCGAGCGCUGGAGCCAGUGGUCAUUGCGGGGCGGGAUGGAGAGCCUGGCUGAGGCGCUGGCCGCCUUCCUGCGCCCGCGCGGCAUCGAGCUGCACUGCCACGCACGCCUACGCCGCCUGCGCCGCCGCCCCGAUGGCUGCUGGCAGUGCCCCCCACACUGCUCUCCUUCCCCACAGCUCACUCUGGCAGAUGGCACUGUGACGGCCGACCAUGUGGUCAGCGCCCUCCCAGCUGCAGCCCUGGCUGAGGUCCUGCCAGCCGAGGCCGAGCCGCUGGCACAGGAGCUGCGGCACAUCCCGGCUGUAUCAGUGGCCGUGGUGAACCUGCAGUAUGAGGGCGUCACAUUGCCUGUCACGGGUUUUGGGCACUUGGUGCCCUCCUCUGAGGAUGCCUCCCUCCUGGGCAUCGUCUACGACUCAGUGGCCUUCCCCCAGCACGAUGGCAUGGGGACUGCCUCAGUGCGGCUAACGGUGAUGCUGGGAGGUGCCUGGUUUGGGCAGAGCUUCGGGGACCCAGCGGCAGCGGCGCCAGCACUGCUGCUACAGCGGGCACAGGCAGCUGUGCGGGAGCAGCUGGGCCUAGAGGUGGCCCCGACCCACUCCAUCAUCAAGGUGCACCAGGCCUGCAUCCCCCAGUACACGCUGGGCCACUGGCAGCGAACAGAGCGCAUCAGCCGCUUCCUGGCAGAGCAGCAGCUGCCCCUCAGCCUCAUCGGAGCCUCCUACACCGGCGUCUCUGUCAACGACUGCAUCGCCAGUGCCAAAGCAGCCGUCGGGCAGCUGCUGGGGCAGCUGCACUGAGCCCUGGCAUCCCCGUGUCCCCUCCUGGCACCAGGCAGCCGCCCCGCAGCAGUAGGACAAAGUGUUUUUUUAAUUGAAAAAACCCUUAUAAAGGUCCAGGGAGCAGCUCAUAAAUAGAAUAAAUAACCAUGCGCUGGCA